GCGCCCUUUAAUGUGGGCGGAGGAAUGUUGGCCCCGAGUUCCCCUCCGUGUGGCGGGAGCGGCGGUUGAGUGGGGCAGUUGGGGACGAGCCCGGCAGGGGGACGAGAGAAGCCGAAUCUGCGGGCUUGGGGAGCAGGAGGCCCGGCAGCCCGCCACGCUCGGCUUCUGACCCCUCCUGCUCCGCCCCUGUCCUUAGUGCCCCUGUGAGCCCUUCCUGCCCAGGUAAAGCCCUCUCGCGGCAGUUCUGGCCCUGCUGCUCCGCCCUGCCCUCGGGAUGUGAGCCCUUCCUGCCCAGGAGUGCUCGAAGAAAGUACAUCUUAGCCCCAACCUCCUGUGCACUCUGAUGAUCCCACCAGGCCAGGGAGGCCUGGCCUCCUGUGCCUGACAUCUUGGACUCAGGACCGUUGAGAUGAUGCUCAUGGCAGCCUGCUGCCAGGACCAUUUGCCAUUGGAAAAGUGAACCCAAAAUAGAAGUUAUAGAUAUAAGAGAAGCUGCUACAAAUAUUCCUGGAUAUUUUAACCACUUGGGCGCUCCCGGCCGGCCCUGCCCACAGCCGCACGCGGGCCGGGUCUGCGCUGCGGGACGGGCCGGCUCGCUCCUGCGGGCGAGGAGCGCUUGGCAGCACUGACGGCGGCUUCACUACACGGGCAGCUUUCCUUGUCAUGGAAAUCAGAAUAGACUCAAAGUGUCUCUAGGCCAAGAGCCCGGGGCUCUGGACUGCCACCAGGAUGGUGGGUGAAGGCGCCUACCUUAUCUCGGAUCUGGACCAGCGAGGCCAGCGGAGAACCUUUGUGGAGAGAUAUGACCCCAGCCUGAAGACCAUGAUCCCAGUGCGACCCUGUGCAAGGUUGGCGCCCAACGCGGUAGACGACGCGGGGCUGCUCUCCUUUGCCACGUUUUCCUGGCUCACGCCGGUGAUGGUUAAAGGCUACAAGCACACGCUGACUGUGGACACCCUGCCCCCACUGUCACCAUAUGACUCAUCUGACACCAACGCCAAAAGAUUCCGAGUCCUGUGGGAUGAAGAGGUAGGAAGGGUGGGUCCUGACAAGGCCUCUCUGGUCCGAGUGGUCUGGAAAUUCCAGAGGACACGUGUUUUGGUAGAUUUUGUGGCCAACAUCCUGUGCAUCGUCAUGGCAGCCAUAGGGCCGACGGUUCUGAUCCACCAGAUCCUGCAGCAGGCGGAGGGCAGCGCCGGCAGCGUCUGGGUGGGCGUCGGCCUGUGCACGGCCCUGUUUGCCACCGAGUUUGCCAAAGUCUUCUUCUGGGCGCUUGCCUGGGCCAUCAACUACCGCACGGCGAUCCGGCUGAAGGUGGCCCUCUCCACCCUGGUGUUUGAAAGCCUGGUGUCCUUCAAGACCUUGACACACCUCUCUGUUGGCGAGGCGCUCAAUAUACUCUCGAGUGAUAGCUAUUCCUUGUUUGAAGCUGCCCUGUUUUGCCCCUUGCCUGCCACCAUCCCUAUCCUAAUGGUCGUCUGUGCGGUGUAUGCCUUUUUCAUUCUGGGGCCCACAGCUCUCAUCGGGAUAUCUGUGUAUGUCAUCUUCAUCCCCAUCCAGAUGUUUAUGGCUAAGCUCAAUUCAGCUUUCCGAAGAUCAGCAAUUUCGGUGACAGACAAGCGAAUUCAGACAAUGAAUGAGCUUCUGACCUGCAUCAAGCUGAUUAAAAUGUACGCCUGGGAGAAAUCUUUUACUAGCACCAUUCGAGAUAUAAGAAGGAGGGAAAGAAAAUUGCUGGAAAAAGCUGGAUUUGUCCAAAGUGGAAACUCAGCCCUGGCCCCCAUUGCGUCCACCAUAGCCAUUGUGCUCACGUUCACCUGCCACAUCCUCCUGAGACGCAAGCUCACCGCCCCUGUGGCAUUCAGUGUGAUCGCCAUGUUUAAUGUAAUGAAGUUCUCAAUCGCAAUCUUGCCUUUCUCGGUCAAGGCAGGGGCCGAAGCCAGCGUCUCGCUAAGGAGAAUGAAGAAAAUUCUCAUAGAUAAAAGCCCCCCAUCUUACAUCACCCAACCAGAAGAGCCAGACACUGUCUUGCUUUUAGCAAAUGCCACCUUGACCUGGGAGCAAGAAGCCAGCAGGAAAAGUGACCUAAAGAAAGUGCAGAACCAGAAAAAACACUUUUUCAAGAAACAGAGGCCAGAGGCAGACAGUGAUUGGAGUCCAUUAGCCCAGGGAGUCGCUGGCCCAGAGGAGCAAAGUGGCAGCCCCAAAUCAGUCCUGCACAACAUAAGCUUUGUGCUUAGAAAGGGAAAGGUCUUGGGAAUAUGCGGGAAUGUGGGGAGUGGAAAGAGCUCCCUCAUUGCAGCUCUCCUGGGACAGAUGCGGCUGCAGAGAGGAACCGUGGCCGUCAGCGGGACCUUGGCCUACGUCUCCCAGCAGGCGUGGAUCUUUCACGGGACCGUGAGAGAAAACAUACUAUUUGGAGAAAAGUAUGAUCACCAAAGGUAUCAGCAAACGGUCCGUGUCUGUGGCCUCCAGAAGGACCUGAGCAGCCUCCCUUACGGAGACCUGACGGAGAUCGGGGAGCGGGGCCUCAACCUCUCGGGGGGGCAGAGGCAGAGGAUCAGCCUGGCCCGCGCCGUCUACGCCAACCGUGAGCUCUACCUGCUGGACGACCCCCUGUCGGCCGUGGACGCCCACGUGGGGAAGCUCGUCUUUGAGGAGUGCAUUAAGAAGAUGCUCCGGGGGAAGACCAUUGUCCUGGUGACCCACCAGCUGCAGUUCCUGGAGUCUUGUGACGAAGUCAUUUUGUUAGAGGAAGGAGAGAUCUGUGAGCAGGGAACCCACGAGGAGCUCAUGGAGGAGAGGGGGCGCUACGCAAAGCUGAUCCACAACCUCCGAGGGCUGCAGUUCAAGGAUCCUGAACACAUUUACAACGCGGCAAUGGUGGAAGCCCUCGCGAAGGUCCCGGCCGAGAGAGAAGAGGACGCUGUUUUGGCUCCAGGAAAUGAGAAAGAGGAAGGAAAAGAACCUGAAACAGACUCAGAAUUUGUAGACACAAAAGUGCCUGCGCACCAGCUCGUGCAGAAUGAGUCCCCCUGGGAAGGAGCCGUGACCUGGAGGACGUACCACACGUACAUUAAGGCUUCUGGAGGGUACCUGCUUUCUCUCUUCACCCUGUCCCUCUUCUUCCUGAUGAUCGGCAGCUCCGCCUUUGGCAACUGGUGGCUGAGUCUCUGGUUACACGAGGGCUCCCAGAUGGCCUGUGGGCCCCAGGGCAACAAGACCAUGUGUGAGCUUGGCGCGGUCCUGGCGGAUGUGAGGCAGCACGUGUACCAGUGGGUGUACGCCGCGAGCAUGGUGUCCAUGCUAGUGUUUGCCAUCACCAAAGGCUGCACCUUCACCAAGACCACACUGAGGGCAUCCUCCUCGCUGCACGACAGUGUGUUUGACAAGAUCUUAAAGAGCCCAAUGAGCUUCUUCGACACGACUCCCACUGGCAGGAUAAUGAACCGUUUUUCCAAAGAUAUGGACGAGCUGGAUGUGAGGCUGCCGUUUCACGCAGAGAACUUUCUGCAGCAGUUUUUUAUGGUGAUAUUUAUUCUCGUGGUAUUGGCUGCUGUGUUUCCUGCUGUCCUUCUCGUCGUGGCUGGAUUUGCUGUGGGCUUCCUCAUUCUUUUACGCGUUUUCCACCGAGGAGUCCAGGAGCUCAAGCAGGUGGAGAAUGUCAGCCGGUCGCCCUGGUUCUCGCACAUCACCUCCUCCAUGCAGGGCCUGGGCGUCAUCCACACCUAUGACAAACAGGAAGAGUGCAUCAGGAGGUUUAAGAUGCUAAAUGACAAAAACUCCAGCCACCUCCUCUACUUUAACUGUGCUCUCAGGUGGUUUGCUCUAAGGAUGGAUUUCCUCAUGAACAUCGUCACCUUCAUUGUGGCCUUGCUGGUGACCCUGAGUUUCUCCUCAAUCAGUGCUUCAUCCAAAGGCUUGUCGUUGUCUUACAUCAUCCAGCUCAGCGGACUGCUCCAAGUGUGCAUUCGCACGGGGACGGAGACCCAGGCCAAGUUCACCUCCGUGGAGCUGCUGAGGGAGUACCUGUCGACCUGUGUUCCAGAAUGCACUCGUCCCCUCAGAGUGGGAGCCUGUCCCAAGGACUGGCCCAGCCGUGGGGAGAUAACCUUCAGAGACUAUCAGAUGAGAUACAGAGACAACACCCCCCUUGUUCUCGAGGGGCUGAACUUGAACAUACAAAGUGGGCAGACAGUCGGGAUUGUCGGAAGGACAGGUUCUGGAAAGUCGUCGUUAGGAAUGGCCUUGUUCCGUCUGGUGGAGCCGGCCAGCGGAACGAUCUUCAUUGAUGAGGUGGACAUCUGCACCAUCAGUUUGGAAGACCUCAGAACCAAGCUGACUGUGAUCCCGCAGGAUCCUGUCCUGUUUGUAGGUACAGUAAGGUACAACUUGGAUCCCUUUGAAAGUCACACCGACGAGAUGCUCUGGCAGGUUCUGGAGAGAACGUUCAUGAGAGACACAAUAAUGAAGCUCCCAGAAAAAUUACAGGCAGAAGUCAUGGAAAACGGAGAAAACUUCUCAGUGGGGGAACGUCAGCUGCUUUGUAUGGCCCGAGCACUUCUCCGUAAUUCAAAAAUCAUUCUCCUUGACGAAGCCACUGCCUCCAUGGACUCCAAGACUGACGCGCUGGUCCAGAGCGCCAUCAAGGGCGCCUUCAGGGGCUGCACGGUGCUGACCAUCGCCCACCGCCUGAACACGGUGCUCAACUGCGACCGCGUCCUGGUCAUGGAGAGCGGGAAGGUGAUUGAGUUUGACAAACCCGAAGUCCUUGCUGAGAAGCCAGAUUCGGCAUUUGCCAUGCUACUAGCAGCAGAAGCAGGAUUGUGAAGGCCCCGUGGCUGGCUUUGGAGAAGGAGGCUGUGUGAGAUGCGUAGGCCGAGUCGCGGGGGGCUGUCGUCCUAGCAGGCAUCGCUUGUCCCCAGGCCUCCCUCCCGUGGAGUCCAGGCUGAGCUGGCCGAGGCUGCGCCCCCACUUUCCCCCACUGCGCCACCUCACCUCACUUGGCGGGCGUGGUGUGGGCUUGGGGUGGUGAACAGAGGCCAGUCAAGCUCAUGGAUUAAAAAACUGCCUUCACCUCCUAAAACCCCAAGAGUCCCUCCUGUGUCCCAACCGAUGCCACUUUAGUGCCUGGGAAUGGGAACUUUGUAACUCUCAGUUAGAAACCAGUCAAAGGAAACAGAAUGGGCAAUUGCCCAAGGAUGGAGUUUGCAAAGGUUUCCUUGCCUGUUAGAAGAGAAAAGAGCAGAAUUUUCUUCCCGUUUAACUCCCACCCACUUCUGUCUUGACUGCAUGACAAGGGGCAACUACACAGAUCUGUGGUGCGAAAGAUUGACUACCGUGUCUGGCCAAAGCAUUUUUUAAAAAUCAUAUUUCGUGUUCCAAUUGAUCUAUUAGAAUAACCAGGAAAACAAAGUGCUGGAGUUUCUCUAUAAAUGACAUUUUUAUAACUUCUUCAUUGGUCAUUAAAACGCAGUAGGAAAUUAAACUACCCUGCAGUGUUGCCUUGCAAUUAUCUUGCCGAAGACAUCCCGGCCUCUGCGCUGUUUCCUCUCAGAGACCCUCGUGGCCAGCUCCCGUGCCUCGGUGAUAAACUUUCCCAUCGCUUCCCAAAUACAAAGCUUUCUCCCGACCUCAAGCUUUGCUCUGGCAGAUGCAGUAAAGGUGUAUUCCCAGGAGCCCCAGGAGUGAGUGCUGCUAAUUCAUAGCGACAUUUGAGGAAAAAAAACCAAAAAACAAAAAACUAGGCAGCCCGGUGGACUCUCGCAGUAUGCUUAUGGGGA